CUUGCGUAGCCGCCUGAGGCGGAAGAUGGUGCCAGGCGAGGCUCCGCCGCCCUCUCCGGGGUCACCGCGGGGCAGUGCCGCGGCCGAGACCGUCGCUGCCAGGAAGCAGAGCGCCUUCGCCCGGAGGAUGGCUUUUGCCCUGUUUGUCAAGGCAAAGGAGGUGCCGGCCGCUGCUCAGUGUCCCGCCGGCGGAGGCGGGGUGCGUUGGCGGUGCUGCCGGCAAGCCUUCGAAGAGCUCUCCGUCAUUCAUAGACAUGUGGCUCUGCAGCACGCCGCAGAAAUCGAGCAGCAGGCAGUAGUGACUGCACCAGAGGCAGCUGCUGAAGAGACCUCCUCCGGCAGCCCUGCUCCUGCAGGCAAGGCAGCUGGGCUUAAUGGGCUCUCCCACAGCAGUCCUGAGAUCUCCUGUAUGCUCCCAGACACGAGCCACACUAGCUAUGAUGAUCUGACAUGUAAGGUGGGAGAAGUACUUCUGUAUUACUGUUACUGUGAGGUGAAGGACCCAGAGAAACUCUGUGCCUGGCAAAAGGCUCUGUGCCAGCAUCUACAUCUCACUGGCAAGGUACGAGUUGCGUCAGAAGGGAUUAAUGGGACGGUUGGUGGAAGCAAAGUAGCUACCAAACUCUACACUGAAGUUAUGCUUUCCCAGCCUCUAUUCAAAGACGUUUUGUGUCGAGAGGAUUUCAAGAGCAGUGCAGGAGGAUCUCACUGCUUCCCUGACCUUCGAGUUGGAGUAUUCAAAGAAAUCGUACCUAUGGGCAUUGAUCCAAAGAUAGUGUCUUACAAAGAAACUGGAAUCCAUUUGUCCCCUCAGGAAUUUCAUAGAGAAGUAAAGCAGUACUUGUCUCAGGCCAGUCAAGGACAAAGUGAUACCAUCUUGCUGGACUGUAGGAACUUCUAUGAAAGUAAAAUAGGUCAUUUCCAGGGUUGCCUGGCUCCAGAUAUCAGGAAAUUCAGCUAUUUUCCCAGCUAUGUAGAUGAAAAUCUGGAGCUUUUUAAAGACAAGCGUGUCCUGAUGUACUGCACAGGAGGGAUUCGCUGUGAAAGAGGCUCUGCUUACCUGCGGAGCAAGGCAGUGUGCAGAGAGGUUUACCAGCUAAAAGGUGGAAUUCAUAAGUACCUGGAAGAGUUUCCAGAUGGAUUCUACAGGGGGAAGCUGUUUGUAUUUGAUGAUCGUUACGCCAUUUGUUCCAAUGAAGAUAUCAUCUCAGCAUGCAGGUACUGUGGGACACUGUGGGACCAGUACAAACUCUGUUCUAGCCAGCACUGCCGGCAACUUGUUCUGACGUGUCCAAGCUGUCGCAACAAAGGUCUCACAGCUUGUUGUGCUGUUUGUCAAGAGAAGGAGCUCCAGAUGACUUCAAGGGCUCCAGGACAGACACUGAAGGAGGAAUGUGAAUGUACCCAGAGAAGGCCAAGGAUACCUAUUGAACACGUCUUUCAAAGGAUGCCGGAGGAAGGAAAGAAGCUGCUUGAUUAACUUAUCUGACAUCUGCUGAUAUGAAAGUCUUCUGUCACCAGAGCCCUGUUUUCUUACUCAGGUUUAGAAAUCAUGAAACUGUCUUGGCUUGGAAAGUCCUGUUCAUGUGCUGCCUUGAAGACUAGAGUAUGCCCUGAAAACUAUUCAUUACUGGAUGGUACAUUACCAGAGUGCCCAACUCACCACCAGCACUACAGAAUUCCUCUCCCUGGGCACAGUCUUGUAGUGUGGUGGCCUCUACUAUGGGGAUUUUUCAAGCAGAGUAUGUGCAACAGGACACUGCUGCUUACAACUCAAAAGAAACUGAAGGGACAUAAGAACAAUUCCAUUAUUCUCCUCCUGCACAGAGGUGGAUCUGUCCAACCUCUCCACUGUUCAUGUAUUUACCUCAAUAGCUAGUGCUGGGAUGUGAAAACAGCAGAUGGAUCAGCUGGGUGUGGGUACAUGACCAGAUUAGAGCUGAAGGUGUUUUCUUGUACACACCAUUCUGCUUGCAUCUCUUGCAGUAAGAAGCAAGAGGUGGUGACCUGAAGUCAGUGACUUGGCUCCUCUGUAAAACUGGCUGGGGGCACUGUAAGGAUCCUUCUUGUAACUGGAGCAAAGGCCUGUAGGUGUCUGCCCAGGCAUACUUGUGUGUGACCUUGUGCUAGGUUGAAGCUGGCUAGAAUGUUUUGGUGGGAAGAAUUAGAUCAUAGGCUGUGAAAGGAAAACAUUGGUGAUGUCUAUUUCCCUCGGAGUCUUGCUGAACAAGAAAUGAAAACAUCAGAAAACACUCUCGCCAUUUUCUCUCACUCUCGCUUGGGCUGCUGGCUGAGCAACAUCUUACUCCCUAACCUCACCUUCCAUUUGGCCUAAUCCACUUUGCUUCUUAACCUCUUGGCUGAACCUCUGCUCUUCCUUAGGACUGGGGUAAGAUUGAGAGGGGCAGGAGGGAUGGUGAAGGGGUGGUUGCGAGCCCCUCCUGGGGACUCAGGUUUCUGGGAGGGGAGUUGUGUUUCUGUAUUACCUUUUACCUUGUAUAUUUCUGUCUAUAACUGUAUAUACUGUAAAUAUCUGCUUGUAUAUUGUGCUAGCUGUAAAUAAAUAGUUUCAUUCCUAUUUCCAGAGUUAAUGAACAGUCACUCAAAAUGAAUUUGCCUCACGUUGGAGUGCCAAAUAAAAAUACGUGAUGGUUUGGGUGUUUCCUGCCCCCCCACACUUUAGAAAUUGCCCAGACUAGACUCAGACGGCUCUGGAAAUAUGAAUGAAGCUUAUAUUUACAGCUAGCACAGACCUUUAGAAUUAAGAGUUCUGGCUCUGGAACAGGCUUUGCAGAGAAGUGGUAGAUGCCCUAUCCCUGGAAGCAUUCCAGGCUAGGUGAGACAGGGCUCUGAGCAACCUGCUGUAGUUGAAGGUCUCCCUGCUUGCUGUAGGAAUGUUGGACUAGGUGGGUUUUAUGUCCUUUCCAACCCAAACCAUUCUGUGAUCCUAUGAUUCACAGCAAAAAUAAUCCUCAUUUCAGUCACAGAAUCCUAGGAGUUGGAAGGAACCUCCAGAGAUCAAAUCCAGCCCCAGUGCUCUGUUAGUUCCGUCUCUCUGGGAGCCAUUGUUUCCUCCAACUUGUCCGUGAAAUAAACAGGGCUCAGCUCUGCAUUAGAAGAAAUGGAUAGCUUGAAGCAUGUCGAAGCCAAGAUACACAGAGGGAGGAGCACAGAGACCAUCAAAGUACCAGCUUGAGGGCACUAGGAGUGGCGUGUGCAUAAAUGGCUACAGCAGCUAUAAAUAGGUUGCAGGAUCCUUUAUACAAAUUAAGGAAUUCAAGAUUUGUGGAGCAUUUGUGCUUGGGCUAAGUUUUCCAAAAGCUAUGAGAUGUUUAUGCGUGCAGUUCCCAGCUCUUGUAGUGGAAAAAUUUGCAUUUGAAGGAAUCCACAGCCUACAAGCUCAGAAUACUUCUGCUGCUUCUUUUGUGCCUGUCUUUGGAGCUCACUGUCUUUCUUCGUACUAAGUAGUAGUUAGUCACUCAGAAUCACUUACUCUUUUUUUCUGUUGUUUUUUCUUGUUUGUUUUUGUUUUUUUACUGGCAACUGCUUUUAAAAGCAAGAAAACAGAUACUCAGGUUUUUGCCGUUUCUUUAUGGCAGUUAGGACCAUGUUGUUGUCAUGCAGAUUGUAACUUUUCUCCUCACAAUGCUGUGAAUUCAGCCCGACUUUGUUGUUGGCUUGGCUAGCAACUUCAAACACAUGGGCACUGGUUCCUUCAAAGCUAUGGCAAUCGUUUCUUCUUCCAGAAAUAACAGCAGUUGUCUUCAUGACCUUUGUGGCCAUUCCUUUCAUGAACCAAAGCUUUGAAACUUAGGAAAUCUUUCUGGGAUGGUAUGUAAUAGUAAAUCUCUGCUCUGCCCUGGUGAGAUCACACCUGGAAUACUGUGUCAAGUUUGGACUCCCCAGUUCAAGAGAGACAGGGACCUGCUGGAGAGAGUCCACUGGAACAGGCUGCCCAGAGAGAUUGUGGAGUCUCCUUCUCUGGAGACUUUCAAAACCUGGAUGCAUUCCUGUAUGGACUACCCUGGGUGAUCCUGCUUUUGGCAGGGGCGUUGGACUUGAUGAUCUCUGGAAGUCCCUUCCAACCUCUAACAUUCUGUGAUUCUGUGAAUUCUGUGCACAACACCUACUGGAGAGGAAAUUGGAAAAUUCCCAUCAGUAGACACCCUCAGCAGAAGUCUACCUGUGGCUCCCUAGCACCUUGCCCCCCAGGCACUGCUGGCCACAUAACCUCUGCUUUUGAGGACUGAAAUAUUUCUUAUACUUCCUUCCUUUCCCUCACAUGUAUUAGACUAAAAAAACCCACAGUUCUAUAAUUCAGUCUAUCGGCAAUUCUGGAGCACUGUAAUCUCUUUGGAAGGAUGUUUCUAUGUCACUUACCUAUACAGAAUGGAAACAACUACAUUUUAUAUGUAAACUUCUGAAAAUCCUGUGGCAAUACAUAAAUCGUUAGUGCUUUCACUGCAUUUUUUUAAUGUACUACUCAAAUAUACUUCACCUGUUUUUUGGGGGUGCUUGUUUCUGCAGAGAUACAUGCUGAACUUAACUAAGUUAUCUGCCGUGCGGCAGACCUGGCUACAAGGCACAAUUCUGAGAACUGUCAGCUGGAGGUUCUACCUCAGAGCCAGAGGCAAGCCACAGGACCUCUUCUGGUCCUUGCUGCACUAAGGAAAGGGAAGAGAAGGGUUUGAGAUUUGCAGAUGGAGGCACAUAAAACCAGGUUCUCUCUGCUGCAAAGAAGAAGAGACGUCCUUAGCCUCUUUUGUGAGUUACUCCACAAGCAGCUUCUGUAUCGUGGCUUCUGGAUUAGUUUUGCCAAACUAACACAAAUAAGGACUUCCCACUGUGAAAUGUUUUGUGGUGGGGUCCAGGCACCCCAGUGGUAAUGCCUGAGAGAAGGCAAGAUACCUCUAGGAGAGGCAAGAGUUAAGCAAGAUUGGCUGUGACUGACAGAUGCUGCAGUCAACACGUUUUUUUUCUCCUUUUCCUGGGGAGCUGCUGGGACAAACAGCACUCCACUUGCUCUUAAAUGCCACCAUUUUGGAGCUGCACAGCCUCAUACCUCUCAGCACAGCCUGUCUGUGCUUCUAUGCCCUCAGCUCUCACAGGUGUCUUUCAGCAAAGCAGCUCCAUGAGAGUCAGACAAGCAGCCUAGCAUGAUCCUGCUGGCUUCAUUUGGGCUGCACAGUUAAAUUGGAUGCUGCUACAGUGGCAAGUUAGAGGAAGUCUUUGUAGUCCACGGUAGUGCUCCUUGCUUGGCAGGUGGAUCUCCUUGCCUGUCUGGGUUUCUCAGCACCAUCAAGAUUUCCCAAGGAUGAGAUCAAUUUGUGUUCUUCCAAGGCCAGUGGAAGAGGUGAGCCCACAGCAUGCAAAUCUGAGCUCAGCUAAAGAAAAUGUGGCUCUGGUCUGAUGAUUUAGUUGACUGUUUUGAAGUCUUCACAGUGCAUGUGGAAGAAAGAGGCUGUCUGCCAGUUUUCUGGGUUUGUUUUUUUUAAAUACAUUUUCAACUGGU